AUGGCAAGGCGACGGGGUUGCCGGACCAUUCUCCUACAUCUGCAACUCCACGUACGACUACUCACGUUGGAGGCCAACCUUGCCAUUAUCUCCUACGAGCUUGCAGGGAAUGUGAAGGCGUCGGGCUUCGCGUCGCGGGCAUUCGGGCUCCUGCGCUGCCGCGGGGACUUCCUCGGCGACCAAUCCAGAGAUGCGGCGGUGUACUACGAUCAGUGCCUGUUCCGGUUCUCUAGCUACGACAACUCCGCAGACCUGGUGGUCGCAUGGAACAUGAACAGCGUGAGCGGCAGGAACGUCGACGCGUUCGUUAGUCUGCUCGAGGGGGUUCAUAAACAUGGUGGCCGUCGUGGCCAGCAACGCGACCAGCAGAUACGACACGGCCAUUGCCAGGUUCCCGCCGGAGGCGACCAACGUGCUCGCGCUCGGGCAGUGCACGCAGGACCUGACGCCGGUGCAGUGUCCAUGGUGCCUCACGGGCCUCAUCCACCAGAUGUCGGCUUUGUUCGUGGACAAGGGGAAGGCGAGGGUGGGCGGGAGAAUAUUAGGGUUACGCUGCAAAAUCAGAUGAGCUCGCUCUUAAAGUUGUUUUUUGAAGACUCUUCGUCAGAUGAUGAUGAUGAGUUUGAGAUGAUGAUACUAUCUUUGUUUGCUGCCACUAUGAGCAACAAGAGGCCCAAACAUUGUGGUUCUCUGCGAAGGCGUGCUUUGGUUUGUCGGAAAAAGUCCAGACAUGCUAAGCUUAUGGAGGAUCAGUCACAAUUACCCACACGCAGAGACCAAUCCAGCCACUGCCACCUAGCUGCCUCUUCGAGUGUUAGUUCAAGAAGACGCCAGAUCGGUUUUGCAAAAGAGUGUGUCACCGAGAUGCCACGCGCACUGCUGGACUGCCGCCCGUGCAAGCGGCCGCGGCUCGGUUGGGACGUCGGCCCUGCUGAGAUGCAUCAGAUGGCCUUCUCCGACGAUGAUGAUAUCCUUGACCAAUGGUUGGAGCAAGAGGAGUCCGAUGAUGAUGACUACUACAUUGCAGCUUCUCUUCUAGCCGACGUGGAGCGUGAGAGGAGCAAGAAGCACUGUGAUUCAGUCCCAGGUCGCCAGGUUCAGAUAGGCCUUUGUGGGCAAGAAGUUGUAAAUGCCAUCAGUGCUGUGGAGUUGGGCUUCUCUUCGGAUGCUAUUGUUUCCUCUCCUGUGAACCAAGAGCAGCCUCGUGAUGAGUCCCCUCCACUGAGAGAAGAUGACAAAUAUGGGCGUUAUGUUUUUGCUGUUGGAGAUAACCUCACAUCUCGCUAUAGGAUCAAUGCAAAAAUGGGCCAAGGUACCUUUGGUCAGGUGUUGGAGUGCUGGGACAGGGAAAGGAAAGAAAUGGUGGCUAUCAAGAUCACAAGAGGCACUAAAACGUACAGGGAUGCUGCAAUGAUAGAAAUUGGCAUGCUUGAGCAGCUUGGUAAAUAUGAUAAAAGUAGAUCCAGUUAUGUUCAAAUACGGAACUGGUUUGAUUAUCGUAACCAUAUCUGCAUUGUCUUUGAGAAGCUUGGACCAAGCUUAUGUGAUUUUCUGCGGAAAAACUAUUACCGCUCAUUCCCAAUUGCCCUUGUUCGGGAGGUUGCCAAACAACUGUUGGAAUGUGUAGCAUUUAUGCAUGAAUUGCGCCUCAUACACACUGAUUUAAAGCCUGAGAACAUUCUUCUUGUUUCUCCAGAGUGCAUUAAAGUGCCCGAUUACAAAGCUUCAUUCCGAUCCCCAAAGGAGGGAACCUAUUAUAAGUGGUUGCCCAAGUCCAAUGCUAUCAAGGUGAUUGAUUUCGGUAGCGCUACCUAUGAUCGACAGGAUCAGAGUUAUGUGGUAUCCACUAGGCAUUAUCGGGCUCCAGAAGUUAUAUUGGGGCUUGGAUGGAGUUACCCAUGUGAUAUCUGGAGUGUUGGUUGUAUUCUUGUUGAGCUUUGCAUGGGAGAGGCAUUAUUCCAGACUGGUGAAAACUUGGAACAUCUGGCUAUGAUGGAGAGGGUGUUUGGACCUUUGCCAUACCAUAUGCUUAAGAUGGCAGAUCGCCACUCCACAAAAUACAUCAAAGAAGGACGUCUGAAUUGGCCUGGGGGCUGCACUUCAUGGGAGCGCACGAAAGCUGUGACAAAAUGCCCAGGCUUCAGGUAUGUCUUCACUAGACAAAGCGUCCAUUUUACUCUGCGGCGUGUGAAAUUUAUGUAUACGUUUCAUGAGCAGAGUCUGGUGAUGCGUAAUGUGGAUCAGUCUGCCGGGGAUAUUAUUGACCUUUUGCAAGGGCUGCUCGAGUAUGAUCCAGCAAAUCGCUUGACAGCACAGGAGGCGCUGAGGCAUCCCUUCUUCACAGAAGAGUUUUGA